AUGGCUUCAACCAGUCAUUCUGGCCAAGUUAGGAAUAGCGGCAGCCCAAGCGUAAUUGCCGUGAGCUCAACCAAAGCACCUCCGGCCGCCACAGCCAAACCCAGAUUCAGGUCGCGCACAGGAUGCUGGACUUGUCGCCGGCGCAAAGUAAAAUGCGAUGAACGCGGCCGGAACCCGGAGACUGUGGCUUACGCCGGCCCGCUUUCGAGCAAUGCCGGAUGCAAGAGAUGCGAAGACAGUGGCAGACCCUGCCUUGGCUACGGUGCUCAAGCUCCAAGUGCUCCUCUGGUCACUCAAUAUUCUCCGGGCAACCUGCAUGCCGAUCCUCUACUCAGCUCUACGCCGUUUUACUCCUUUUCCUCACAUGGUCAUGAAUCCGUCAGCAAUUCUGCUCCUUACUCCACCGCAGCUGUCAACGUGGGGGCGGCAGCAUGUCAUAUUCCACAUUCUACCCAAUGGACUCGAACAUUUGAGCAACCCCCCUUUCCAGGAAGCCAGAGCAUCAGUUAUGGCCUUCGGAAUCUUCGGAUGGCGCACAAUGUACAGCCCUCCUCGGGACCGACCUCAACCUCUGGCGGUUCUUCUCUAGCUCCGCUGCAUCCAUCCAGUGCUCCCCUGCCUCCAGUCGACCUGCGUCGUUAUUCUGUACCAAGCUACCCGACCUGGCAAAGAUCCUCCCAACCCCAGAAUGCAAGCCAGUAUCCGUCCGGAGGCCUGGUGGGGAACGCACUCUUUCAAUCAUCCAACGAGUAUGAAAACAUUGAAGCAGAAGUUCAUCCACUAACCCAUAGUUCGUGUGUUUCCGAAAGACCCCAAUCUCUUCCGCACCCUAGCGAUUGCACCGUUCUACCAAACGAUCCAUAUCAAGCCUUGGGUUCAAAUGAUCUGCCUCCUCAUUAUAACCACGAUCUUAAUGAAACCGAGCCUCAGUCUUUAUCAUUUGAUUUUGGGCGUCCCCAUACCUCCAGUGGCGUUUCCUCAUCAUUCGACGAUCCUCAGUCACACCAGAACCAUCCCAAGACUUAUCACAGUCCGAUCAAUUCCAAUCCAUCAACGCUUAAAUCCAUUGAGGAAUCUGAACGUCAGUAUCCUGACACGGCUUCAAUAUCCUCCACGACCGUUUGCUCUGAUGUCACCACCAACGCUUGGCCCGAGCAACAACCCGGCCCAGCUUCACUCAUUGCGUUCAGACCAAUAACAUCAACAAACAACAACCACUCUGUAAUUAGUGCUGCCCAAAAUCCACUGUUCCCUUCUCAAGUAAACGACUCCUUAAAUUACCAUCCCCGCGACGGCUAUCAAAGCGUGGGAACGACCGAUAUCCCGAUAUUCCAUGACAUACCCUAUGAUGUUUAUUCCGGCCAUCCCUCGUUGCAUGCCAAACCGGGAAGCGCCGAAGGGCGUGGCAGUAAACCCAGCGAAAGAUCUGCUGAGCGGUCCUUCCAUCUGGUUCAAAUGGAAGCCAGCUGUCAUCAAACCUUUUCCGAGAUGAUCACCCCCGAAACUCACGACAAUCUGGGGGGUCCAAACUGCUCUUACAUCAGAUCAUGUCCUCUACCCACUCCAGCAGAAAAUGAAAAAGAUCAAGUUCCACCGCCCCGGAAGGGAUCCUCUUCAUCAUCGUCCUCCUCACUCUCAACACAAGAGCACAACGUCUCACCCGUUACAUCGACGAUUCGGCACUCUCUUCCCGGUAUAUCAGACAAAUGGUCAUCAAACUGCUUUGUUCCAUCUCUGGAAACUCAUCAUUACGAUUUCCAGUCGAUUUUACACCAUAAUACAUCAGAUUGCCAGAAAAUUGGGGCCUAUGAGGACGACAGUCCAACUUCAACCGCCCCGUCUAAUAUGUCUGGUGCCGCUGGAGGAAAUUAAAGUAAAUCGUCUGUUUCUAUCUCUUUUGUGUUCAAACCACCAAACGGAAAAACUCAUUGGAAGAUUAUUCUUUUCCCUCCUUUCUUGGCUAUUUUUUGGCUGCUUUCUGUGUUCUGAUUUUGGCUCCUUUUUCUGUUCUUAUAUCCUGUUUCUAAAAAAAAUAGUUUGUGAAAAUUAAGAGUGUAUUGUUAGUUAAGAGAAGCAGUCAAGUUUAAUAUUGAAAUAAUAUUCAAA